GGCCACUUGAUCCAGUCUCUCCAUAUAUAUUGCCGACCACAACCACAAGUCUCACCUUAGCUACAUUUUCGUGACGCCUUCGUCUUCCAAAUUCCAAUCACAUUUAUAUCGGUGCCUACAAUUUUCUAAUUUUCCUUUUUUCACAUUUCAAUAAUUAUUUUCAUAUUCGUUAGAUUAUGGCAAUGAGUCUGCCCCACCAGAUCGGAGCGAUCUCCGGUUCGCCGUUGACCGCCGACGUUGGCGGAGUCUCCGGCGACGCGCAGUCGUCUACUACCGUCAGCGCGGUGUGGAGAGCUCCAGCAGCGGCGAACCUGCGUGUCUCCGUGAGGAAAUCCGGUGCGGAGAAUGAUCGUGUGUCUCCAUCCCCGCCGCUGAGCCCCGUGCGCGGCGGCGUACGGCCAGACCUGUCGGUGGCAGCGCAGGCGCUGAUGUCGGUUCCUGUCACCGUGGAUGUUGCGCACGAGAGGGAUUACGUCCUGGGCGCGCGGGGUAAGGAGGGCAGAAAGGGGGUGCCCGUGUACGUCAUGAUGCCCCUCGACAGCGUGACCUGGAAUCACACGGUGAAUAGGAAAAAGGCGAUGAACGCGAGCUUGCAGGCGUUGAGGAGCGCGGGUGUGGAAGGGAUAAUGAUGGAUGUGUGGUGGGGGUUAGUGGAAGGGGAAAAACCCGGAGAGUACAAUUGGGGCGGGUAUUCCGAUCUCCUUGAGAUGGCGAAGAAGCACGGCCUGAAAGUGCAGGCCGUCAUGUCGUUUCACCAGUGCGGAGGAAAUGUUGGAGAUUCCUGCACAAUUCCUCUUCCUAAAUGGGUUGUGGAGGAGAUUGACAGAGAUCCCGAUCUUGCCUAUACAGACCAGUGGGGUCGGAGGAAUUAUGAAUACUUGUCACUCGGUUGUGAUACCCUCCCUGUACUCAAAGGAAGGAGUCCCGUCCAGUGUUAUUCUGAUUUCAUGUGUGCUUUCAGGGACACAUUUAAGCAUCUUUUGGGCGACACCAUUGUGGAAAUUCAAGUUGGAAUGGGUCCGGCAGGAGAGCUUCGCUAUCCAUCUUACCCAGAGCAAAAUGGGACAUGGAAGUUUCCUGGGAUUGGAGCUUUUCAAUGUUAUGACAAGGCUGUAUUAGUUCCGUCAGGUUUUGGUGUGGGUUAUAUGAUAAGCAGCCUUAGAGCAGCGGCUGAGGCCAUCGGCAAGCCCGAAUGGGGCCACACAGGCCCAACCGACGCAGGCCACUACAACAACUGGCCCGAGGACACAAACUUCUUCCGGAAGGAAAGCGGCGGUUGGGACAGCCCUUACGGAAAGUUCUUCCUCUCAUGGUACUCCCAGAUGCUCCUCGACCACGGCGAACGCGUCUUACAAUCCGCCGCAAACGCCUUCACAAACCGAGACGUGAAGCUCUCGGUCAAAGUCGCCGGCAUCCACUGGCACUACGGGUCACGGUCCCACGCCCCCGAGCUCACGGCCGGUUACUACAACACCCGAUUCCGAGACGGUUACGUCCCGAUCGCCCGCAUGCUCGCCCGCCAUAGCGCCGUGCUCAACUUCACGUGCAUGGAGAUGCGGGACCACGAGCAGCCUCAGGAGGCGCUUUGUGGGCCCGUGUGGCUGGUGCGCCAGGUGGCCGCGGCUGCCCGGGAGGCUCGGGUUCGACUCGCGGGCGAGAAUGCGUUGCCGAGGUAUGACGAGAAUGCGUAUGAACAGAUUCUGGGUGCUGGGGAUAUGUGCGCGUUUACGUACCUGAGGAUGAACCCGGAGCUUUUCCAGCCGGAUAAUUGGAGGAGGUUCGUGGGGUUUGUGAAGAGGAUGGGGGAUAGGGAUGGGAAGUGCCGGGAGCAGGCGGAGCGCGAAGCGGAGGAUUUCGUCCCAGUGGUGCAGGAGGCCGCUGUGGCGCUCAUGCAUUAGAGUGUGUAGGGAGAAGUAGCGGAUUUGUAUAUGGUUCUGGUUCUGGACUGACUUGUUUUAUCUGCUUUUGUUGUGUACCUUAAGUGGAUGUACUUACUAUGUGUAAUGUGUAUGAGAAGCAUAAUGUAUUGGUAAGUGUUUUAUUCUGUGAGACACAGGUGAUGGAGUUUCUUAUGUGUUGUCAUUUGAUUUGGUUUUAUCUGUUUCUGUGUCUAGACACUAAUGGCUGUUGCUGAAAGCUUACAUUGACAAGUGGUUUUCUGUGUUUACUCAAGGUUGGUUUGUGUAGUUCCAGUUAUCAACUGAUGAGAGCAAAGAAAAUUUCUUUUUGCUGUCUUAGGAAAGGGAAGGUCUCGCCGUCAGUUUUGUGAGUGUUGGACAUUGGUAUUGAAAUUAUCCAUUUUGAAUAUCAGCAUCUAAGUGACUAAUGAUGUAGUCUGAUGAAUUGGAUAAUAUGUUGUUGAUUUAGUGGUUCUGACCAGAUAAUGGUAGUGCAUUCAAGUUCAAGUUCUUGCAG